AUGGCUGCCAGUCCACAAUAUGAACUCGGAACCCUCGUUGGCGGUACUUGGAGACAGUGGUCGAAUUCUGCUGGACAGGAUUAUUACGAGAACCUUAACACCAGGGCUACGCAGUAUGAUAUACCGGUUGGAUGGGAGGAUGCCGACACGGAUACAUGGGCCGUUGAUGGCUCCAAGAGUUGGCCACAAUGGCGUACGAAUCCGAACCCCCCUGCACCUCGAACCUACCUGGACAAGGUCAACGUUCAAACGCACCUCCAGCUUGUCGAGCGAUCGCCUGAAUCCCAUGAGUACUUGUACAGAAGGGUUAUGAUUGCGGUUUUGAAGCACUUCUUCCUGGAGGACGAAGGCUUCGACGUUCUCCAGGAAGAGUCGCGCGGGGAAUUAGACCAAAACGAGUUGAGGGUGGACAUGGCGGUGCUUAAAAUUACAUCUCGCCCCGGGGGAAGCCUAUAUGCGUAUGAUUACUGCUUGGUGGAGAGUAAGAAGGCUGAUAGGAGCUGGACUGAGACGGAGCAUCACCUGAGCCGACAUUGUGCCAGUACAGAAAACCAGUCUGGGCAGGUCUACGGCAUCGUCCAUAUUGGACUUUACGUUCAAUUCUUCACUGCCGACAGAGGGGUGCUUACGGCGUUAAGUGGUGGUCUACACAUACGCAACGACGUCAACGCGAUCACAACCAUGUUUGGGAACAUGAAGCGUCAGCCACUCCCGUGUUUGUGA